CCUGCAUUUCCAUGCUGGUUAUCAAAUAAGGGUCUCAUAAGUGCUAGGUAUAGGCUCUACUAAGGAUCCAAACUCUCAGGCCAAGUAAUUCCUAUUUUACCAAUGAAAACAAACAAACCGAUAUACAGAGAUUAACUCACUCUAAAAUCAAAUAAAUCCCGGCCCUUUACAAGUUGCUUUAGAGCGUUUUGAACCACACAGGUCCACACCAUUUCCAAAGUUCAACUCUGACACUCUUCAAUCAAGGGUAGCUAAACAGGUGGGUGGAUAAAGGGGCUCCCAAUAAUCUGUCCAUGAAAGGUGAAGAAGGCUGUACUGGGGGAGGGAGGCUUAAGAGCUCUCAGACUGCCCAAGGGUCUGAGGCCUUGGUGGCCACAUCCCCCGCCCACAGUGUUCAAGCCAGUGUUGCCAGGCACUUCCUCGUUCCGGUGCGCCCUGGACGCAGCUUCUACGCCCAGUGCCUGGGCAACUCAGGCGGGAGGGGGCCAGAGGGGAGGUGUCGCAACCUCCUCCCUCCCUCUUCCCCCGCCUUGGCACUCAGUUACCUCGCAGAUGAGCGCUCUCGCAGACUGCGGCGGGCGGCCGGGCGCCCGGCAUGUCCCCUGAGUCUGCGCAGACGACGGGCACUGGCCCCUCGCGCACCCUGGACCAAGUCAAUCGUACCCAUUUCCCUUUCUUCUCCGAUGUCAAGGGCGACCACCGGCUAGUGCUGAGCGUCGUGGAGACCACCGUCCUGGGACUCAUCUUCGUGGUGUCACUACUGGGCAACGCAUGUGCCCUGGUGCUCGUGGCGCGCUGUCGGCGCCGCGGGGCGACAGUCAGCCUGGUGCUCAACCUCUUCUGCGCGGACUUGCUCUUCACUAGCGCCAUCCCUCUAGUGCUCGUUGUACGCUGGACCGAGGCCUGGCUGCUGGGCCCCAUCGUCUGCCACCUGCUCUUCUACGUGAUGACCAUGAGCGGCAGCGUCACGAUCCUGACGCUGGCAGCGGUCAGCCUGGAGCGCAUGGUGUGCAUCGUGCGCCUUCAGCGCGGAUUGAGUGGCCCGGGUCGGCGGGCGCAGGCAGCGCUGCUGGCUUUCAUCUGGGGUUACUCAGCGCUCGCCGCGCUGCCCCUCUGCAUCUUGUUCCGCGUGGUCCCGCAGCGCCUUCCCGGAGGGGACCAGGAAAUUCCAAUUUGCACAUUGGAUUGGCCCAGCCGCAUAGGAGAAAUCUCAUGGGAUGUGUUUUUUGUGACUUUGAACUUCCUGGUGCCAGGACUGGUGAUUGUGAUCAGUUACUCCAAAAUUUUACAGAUCACGAAGGCAUCAAGGAAGAGGCUCACGUUGAGCCUGGCCUACUCCGAGAGCCACCAGCUCCGAGUGUCCCAGCAGGACUACCGGCUCUUCCGCACCCUCUUUCUGCUCAUGGUCUCCUUCUUCAUCAUGUGGAGUCCCAUCAUCAUUACCAUCCUCCUCCUCUUGAUCCAGAACUUCAGGCAGGACCUCGUCAUCUGGCCGUCCCUCUUCUUCUGGGUGGUGGCCUUCACGUUCGCCAACUCCGCCCUAAACCCCAUUCUGUACAACAUGUCACUGUUCAGGAACGACUGGAGGAAGAUUUUUUGCUGCUGCUUUUUCCGAGAGAAGGGAGCCAUUUUUACAGACACCUCUGUCAGGCGAAAUGACUUGUCUGUUAUCUCCAGCUAACUAGUGGAGGCAGGUGAACCUCUGUGUGCGUGUAAAGGGGAAGUCACCGGUGCACCCUGCUUUAAGAAAUCCAGCUCCCAACAGCACACAUCUACAGGGCCAGCAAAUCACUCAGUAUAAAAAUAUUUUUCCUUAAAACUUUCUAUGGGUUCCUUUUUAUGAACUUUUUUAGUGUGUUUGUAAUAUGAUUGAGUUAAUAAAUUUUUAUUUAUAACUGUUCCUACAUAUAAAGCUGUACCUUGUGGUUUGCUGAAACAAACCUUGGAGCUGAUUCAGGGCUCAGGUUUCUCAGUAAAAGGUCAUGGCCACCCUAAGUCCCCACCUUGGGCACAUAAGGUCUUGAGACCAUUUAUUCAUUCAUGUCAAGACUGCUUAAGGAAUUUCCAAGGAACAAUUAGACGUGGCUCCCCCCCCAUGCAUUAAAAAUGGGCAGGAGACAUGGCUCAAUGGUAGUAUGCUUGCCUAGCAAGCAUGUGGCCCUGGGGUCAAUCCCUAGUAUAUUAAAAAAAAAAAAUAGUAGAAGCAGCACUGUAGACUCAAAGAAGGGAUGAUGGACCCUGAUGCUGGAGAGGGAGGUCACGUGGUUGCUUUAUUACUCUAUCUAUCCAUCAGAGGCCUUGGAAACACCUGCUGUGGCUGUGCAAUGUUUUUUGUGCCAGGAAUCCAGUGGUAAAGCCGAGAGCCCUGGCUCUGUUCUCAGGGAGCUCGCCUUUUCAUGGGGUGGGGGCCAAUGAAUGCCAAACAGGAGUCAAUGCAAAAUAGAGCACCCCAGAGUGCAUAAGCACCCUGGAGAAAGUAGGACAGGGUGCUGUGGGGUGAGGGUUAUAUAUAUGGCGUAGGGGUAGGUCAGGGUGCUGUGGGGUGAUGGUUAUUUACAUGGGGUAAGGGUGGGUUCAGGAAAAACAGGAGCAACAGUUGAGUUGAAAGGCUAAAGGCAAGAAAGAAGCAGUCACGUGGAUCCAGAGGAAGGACCUUUGCAGGAAGAGAGAGGCUGCUGAGCUGUGUGGUCCAGGAGCUGCAAACUGUUGACUGAGCCUUCUUUGUACUUGAUGCUAGGAGAGAGAGAGGUGCUCCCCUGGAGCCCAUCAUGGAUGCAAUGAAGUUCCAGGGCUAGGUCAGGGAAGGCCUGGCAGGCCAGCAGAAGAAGUUCACUCGGGGUUCGGUGGGCAGCACUGGAGGUUUGCAAUGGGAGACCUGAACAAUGAGGACUUUUCCUCUGGCUACUCUGCAAGGCAGAGGCUUUAAGGAGCAAGAAUAAAAAUGAAGAGCAAGUGUGUGGUUGCCUGAAGGAGGAAAAGGUGAUGGGACCUUGAAGGUGUGUGGCAUUAGUGAAGGACCGUGUGAACUAAUCCCGGGCCAUGCCUGGGAAGGUGGGAGAACAGUUUACUCAUGGAGGAUGGAGACGAGGGAAGACAGCAUUCCAGGGUGCCUCCUGGACUUUCAGCCUGGCAUUGGUUAGACAGUGGGCAGGCGACCAAACUGAGGAAGACUGGGAAACAAAUGGGGUUCCAUCUGGAGCAUACGCUUGAGAUCCCAGCGAGACAGCCAUAGACUAGGCCACUGGAGGAAGAGACACAGAAUUGGGCCUGGCAAUACAGUGUUGUUGGGAAAUACAGAUGUGUGUCAGGACCCAUGGUUUUACGAAACAGUCUCCGAGAAGAUGCAGAAAGGAAAGACGCCAGAGUCAAAGACUGAGCCCCAGGAGAUGCCAACAGGCAGGUCUGAGGUAAGAUUUAUGGUGAUCGUGACAUUAAGAACAAAGUAACAGAUGUCUUUGUUCCUAUCUGGCUAAUAGAUUUGGGGGAUGCUCUGUUUUGAAGGGGUACGUGAGUAUCUCAGGUCUGUGGUGUCAAACUGAAGCUGAGGAGCCAGGCUCUGCCAGCUUGCUCUAUGGGAGUAAAAAGCUGGGCUUUUCUCAUGCACGGCUGCUUGUUUCCUCUGCCUUUGCUGGAGAACAAGGCACAUGGGCAUUUGGUGGGACCUCCCCAUGGUCCUUAGAAACGUCGGCACCCCCACCUCCAAUACACUUCACAGAUGUCCUGCUGUCCUAACAGCUCCUUUGCGUGCCCACAGACAUUGUAUUGGCUCUCACUCUGUCCCGACAGGCAGGGAUUGAUGGCUUCCCCAAGUUUAAUGAAAGAGGCCACACCAUCAGCCCCAAAUCUCACAGCUCUGAACUGGCUUAGACUUAAAACCAAGGUCCUCUGGUACCAAGGCUGUCUGCUCUUCAGUUUUGGCCCCAUCUGCAAUACAAAACGAAUCAGCCUAGAAGCAGUGAAAAUCGGGCUUUCCUAGAUCACUCUGACCCACGUUUCGCAGCCUCCUAGCUCUGGACAGAGGUGAGCCUUCUGUCCUGCUCACCUCGGGGGCCCUGGGCUGACAGCCUUGGGUUUGAUGGCCUGGUCACACUUACUUCCUCUGGGUUUCAGUUCCUUGGUAGUGCUGCUGUUAAGGCCUUCCUGGAUUAAUGAGGAAAGCUUUUCUCAGGAUGUUAGGAGCCAGUCUCUUAUAUGGAGGU